ACACCCACCCCCACCCCCCCAAACUGUACCCUUGAGCCCUGUAUUGUGCGUUGCAGCAGCGGCAGAAGCUCAGCUCCGAGCCUUCUCUUUCCACUCUCCUUUUACGCUGUACCAUCAGCUAUGGCCGACAUCAAGACAGGCGUCUUCGCCAAAAAUGUGCAGAAGCGGAUCAGCAGGGCCCAAGAAAAGGUUCUGCAAAAGCUGGGCAAAGCCGAUGAAACAAGGGAUGAGCAGUUUGAAGAGUACAUUCAGAACUUCAAACGACAGGAGACAGAAGGCACAAGGUUGCAGAGGGAACUAAAAGCAUAUUUGGCAGCUGUCAAAGGUAUGCAGGAAGCCUCAAAAAAACUGACAGAGUCUUUACAUGAAGUUUAUGAGCCUGAAUGGUAUGGUCGAGAUGAUGUGAAAACUGUUGGACAGAAGUGUGAUGUGUUGUGGGAAGACUUUCAUCAGAAAUUAGUAGAUGGGUCCUUACUGACUCUGGAUACCUACCUGGGGCAAUUUCCUGACAUCAAGACUCGGAUUGCAAAACGAAGUAGGAAACUUGUGGACUACGAUAGUGCAAGGCAUCACCUGGAAGCUUUACAGAGUUCAAAACGUAAGGAUGAAGCCAAAGUCAAUAAGGCAGAAGAAGAAUUUCAGAAAGCACAGAAGGUGUUUGAAGAACUGAACACAGACUUACAGGAAGAGCUACCAACUCUCUGGACAAGUCGAGUUGGUUUCUAUGUGAACACCUUCAAAAAUGUAUCCAGUCUGGAGGCCAAAUUUCACAAGGAAAUUACAGUGCUCUGCCAUAAGCUAUAUGAAGUUAUGACCAAACUGGGAGAACAGCAUGCAGAUAAAGCUUUCACAAUCCAAGGAGCUCCAAGUGACUCUGGUCCACUUCGACUUGCCAAAACACCAUCACCACCAGAAGAAGUAUCGCCAGUUCCCAGUCCCGUGGCAAGCCCUAACCAUACACUUGCUCCUGUAGCAUCACCUGCCCCGGCACGUCCCAAGUCACCUUCUCAGUUGAGGAAAGGCCCACCUGUUCCACCACUUCCUAAACUUACACCCACAAAAGAACUACAACAAGAAGCCAUCAUCAACUUCUUUGAAGACAACUUUGUUCCAGAGAUCAGUGUUACCACACCUUCUCAGAAUGAAGCUCCUGCUCCAAAGCAAGAAGAGACAUUACUAGAUUUGGAUUUUGAUCCCUUCAAACCUGACACAGCAACGCCCAUUGGAAAAACUCAGUCACCAAUAUCACAGACACUGCCAUGGGACUUAUGGACGACAAGUCCUGAAGUGGUGCAACCUGUGACUGAGAAUGCACUCAAUGGAUUUACACAGCCAGAAACAGCCACAGCUCCGGCUACCUCACAGUACAAUCAGAACCUAUUUGACACUAUGAUGGAUGUGGACACUGCACCCCCUGAGGAACCUGCUAUUGCUGAGCCUCCCAGUGAACCUACCCAGGAUGAAGUGCUUGCUGAACCUAGCAUGGCAGCAGAAGAGGCUGGGGAGCCUGAGACAAAGGAAGAAGUCCCCGCCUCAUCUACUGAAGUAGAGAGCACUGAGCUGCAGGCAUCAGAACUGGAAACAGAGAGCAUUGAACAACCUGAACCAUCCACAGAAGAAAUACAACCACAACAGGAAAAAGUCUGUGUUCCUUCAGUGGUCAUUGAGCCAGCUUCAAAUGAUGACUAUGAAGAGGAAGAGCAUGAGCUGCAUGAGGCUGAUGUGAAUGGCCUUGAACAACCCCAGGACACUGUAGCCCCAGUUAUCACUGAGGCAGAGGCUGCAGAUGUCCCACAGACACAGGAUAUGGUGGAUGAAGGUACUCCAAAAAUCACCAAUGAAGAGACACCAUCUGAGAAAACUGAGAAUGAAAUGACUGAGCCAUCGGCACCUAAAGACAUGCCACCUGGCUUUUGCUAUAAGGUGGUGACAAUGCAUGACUUUGAGGCAGCAAAUACAGAUGAACUGAACCUGAAACGAGGAGACGUUGUGCUUGUAUUUCCUUCAGAGGCACAUGCAGAUCAGGAGGCUGGUUGGCUUACUGGCAUUAAAGAAACUGACUGGGUGGAACAUCAUGAAAUCAAUGGCUAUAAAGGGCUUUUCCCAGAAAACUUUACAAACCGUAUGGAAUAGGCACCUUUUACCAAGGCCUUAGACCUUGAAAAGUAAAACCAGCAGGAAUAUCAACUUCCUUUACAGGCAGAAAUGUGAUGGCCUGAGAUUACUGAUAAUUGUUGUUUGACUGGUACAGUAAAGAAUUUGAUAAGGUGUGUCAAAUACGCAUGAUCGGCAGAAAUGAGCUAGCAUCUUCUGAGUAAAUAAAUGCUAUCCCUGUUUACUUGUAAGCAGUGGUAAACCUUUUCUGUGCUUUGUUGGAGCUCUGGUGAAGCCUAUAUUCACCCGCUUUCCCUUCAGAUCUGCCACCACAUUUUUGAAGUGACACCUUAACUCAGCAUCAGGUGUGUUGUAUUUUGUUGCAGAUGAUUUUCUUCCUGUUCUCUGAUCAGGAGACUGGUUUAAAUUAAUUGUUGUAUGUGUUCCCAAAUGGCUGCAAACUUUGUUACUUUACAAUCCUCCUCUAACUGUAUGUUAGCCUGCAUUGUAGGUGGCUUUAUUUUUCACUAGUCCAUUAGUAAAUGCAUUGUAGUCAUCAUUUUUUAACAUUGAUGUAUUUUUUAAGCACAGGUGUUGCUAUUCCAUGGCCAACAUUAUAUCUGCAUCUGUACUUGCAUUUUAAAUAUAGUAUUAUAAACAAUCAGAGUGACAGGACUCUGUGUGACAGCUAAAUAGAGUUUACAUUUUUCCCUGCAUACCAGCUGCUGUGAAAUUUCUCAUGUUUUUGGGAGGCAUGAGACAAGCUUAACAACUGUAAAUCAGGGUUAAGGGAAAAAGUCUGUCCAUUUCAGAACACUUUAUAUGGAUAUUUUGUUGAGUUUUAUUUAUUAAAAAAAAAAUAAAAAAAAAAUAUUGCACAGUUCAGCUCAGCAAUGACCUGCUUAAAAUAGUAUUUAUUUCAAAAAUGGUGAAAUAAUUUCAAGUUUUCUGUGUUCUGUCAUCACAGAACAAAACUGUGGUACUAUGUUCAAAUGCAAAAUAUUGUCAUCCUUGGUGAAUAUAAAAAGGAAAUCUAUGUAAAUGGUAAAAUAAUUAAGCUAUGCAUCAGAUACAGAAUAAUUACAGUUUGAACUACACUAACACUUCAGAACAAAAAUUGUAACAUUUUUAUAAAAUUCAUCCAGUGCUGUAUCUGUUUUGAAACAGUUUUACAGAAAUGUUUAACUAGAACUCAGUAAUGGAAGCAGAGAUCAACAGUCAUGUGUUUCAUUGUAUGUCAACUGUUGUUAACAUAGACCAGUUAUCAUUUUUGUAUUACAUAAUAUAUUAAAGAGAGGUGAAAAGAAUAAUUUUAUAUUUUAUUAAAGUAUGGGUAGCUGUAUGACCAUUCGUUUAUAAUUUGUUUAAACCUUUUCACUUUGUCUGCUAGGCCUGAUUGUUUAAGCUUCCUCUCAUACUGUGACAGUUUGUGUUUGAUGAAGCAGCUGAAUAAAAUGAAAACCAAUUUCAAUGUU